UCUUUCUGCUGUUGUGCUUGCCUGUGUGCAUGAGGGCGUUUCAGAUGUAAAGAGCGAUUGCACAUCUGUUGUUACCAUCAAACCACUGAUUGAGGAAGUUAAAGUAUGGAAGGGACAACAGUUACCACACAGAGAGAGAGAGAGAGAGAGGCAAAUGAAACAAGUACACAGGCAAACGCUUAGUUAAUGUCCACAUCUGUUUUGCUCUGGAUGGUCGAUUGGGUUGGAUUCAGCAGAGAACUGUUCCAGGAUGAGUGUCCUGGCGUGUUCCGCCCUCUUCUUCUCCAACCUGCUCCGAGGGGGGCCCUGGCAGGUGCUGGUCAUCGCGGCGACGGCGCUGGUCGGCGUGGCGACGGCCUGGGUGGGCAGGCUGCUGCUGCGCCAUGCCUGGUUCAGACACCGGCUGUCCUGCUUCAGCACGCCCCCCGCACACUCCUGGCUCAUAGGUCACCUGGGACAGAUGCGUGACUCAGAGGAGGGUCUCCUGGAUGUGGACCGCCUGGUCCGGACUCACGGCCACUCCUGCUCCUGGUUCCUGGGACCCUUCUACCACCUGGUGCGGGUCUUCCGCCCGGACUUCACCAAUCCCCUCCUCAAGGCCGCGGCAUCCAUCACAGUGAAGGAUGAGCUCUUCUAUGGUUUUCUACGUCCAUGGCUCGGUCAGAGUCUGUUGCUAAGCAACGGGGAGGAGUGGUCCCGCCGGCGACGCCUUCUGACGCCGGCGUUCCACGUUGACGUCCUGAAGGGCUACGUGGCCGUGUUCAACAACGCCACCCACACCAUGCAUUCUAAGUGGAUACGUCUGUCCAGUGAAGGCCAGAGGGACCUGGAGAUGUUCCAGCACCUGGGUCUCAUGACGCUGGACAGUCUGCUCAGGUGUGCGUUCAGCCACAGCAGCGACUGUCAGGAGACGUCCAAUGAGUUCACAACGGCCAUCCUGGAGCUGGGGGACCUCAUCAUGGAUCGGCGCCGAACGAUCCGCCAUCACUGGGACUGGAUCUACUGGCGCAGCCCCCAGGGCAAGCGCUUCCGGAGGGCCACCGAGGUGGUGCACAGCUUCACCAGGCGAGUGGUGGAGCAUCGCCGCGCCCUCAUCCGCGAGCAGAGCCACCGCGAGUCACCGGAGGGAACCGCCCGGGACGGGACCGCCCGAGACACAGCUCGGAGGCAGAAGAGGAAGGACUUCAUUGAUAUCAUCCUUCUGGCCCAGGACGAGGAGGGGGGUGGCCUGACAGACAAGGAGGUUGAGGCUGAGACAAACACCUUCAUGUUCGCAGGUCACGACACCACGGCCAGCGCCAUCUGCUGGACACUGUUCAAUCUGGCGGGCCACGCCCACUACCAGGACAGAUGCAGAGAUGAGGUGAAGGAGCUGAUGAGGGACCGGGCAGAGCAGGACAUUAAGUGGGCUGACCUGUCCAGCAUGCCCUUCACCACCAUGUGCAUUAAGGAGAGCCUCAGACUCCACUCUCCGGUCCUGGCCGUCACUCGGCAGUACACCCGGGACGUCGACCUACCCGGAAACAGGACUGUACCCAAAGAUACCAUAUGUUUGGUCAGUAUUUACGGGACGCACCACAACCCCGCUGUCUGGUCCGAUCCAAACGAGUUCAACCCGCUACGCUUUGACCCCGCCAACACCAGGGAGCGGUCCUCCAACGCAUUCAUUCCCUUCUCGUCCGGGCCCAGGAACUGCAUCGGUCAGCGGUUCGCGAUGGCCGAGCUACAGGUCGUCGUGGCGCUGACUCUGCUGCGUUUCCGACUGUCCCUCGGCUCGAACCCCGACACUGCCGGGACCUCCACCGGGCAGGGCAUCCGGCGUCUCCCUCAGUUGGUGCUGCGCGCCGAGGGCGGGAUGUGGUUACGGCUGGAGCUGCUGGAUCCUCCUUGCACAGACGGGCUGCAUGCGCAGUAAAGCUAGCGACCAACUUAAACAGCGGUUACCAAUGCGGUGCAAUGUCCAGAG